AAUUUCGAUCUCCGACAGCGCGUCGCGACAUUUCUAUUCCGAACUCAAGACAACGGACGGUCCGAGAUCAAGUAUUUGGCCAUCCCCGGCUCUAUCGCUUUACAUGAUUUCAAAACGUACGUUCAAAUGGAUCUAUGCCGGUCUAUGGAUACUACGGAUAUGCUUUGCGCUUCUCGGAACUGGGUACAUUCACCCAGAUGAACACAUGCAAAAUGGAGAAGUUACCUCAGGCGACCUCCUAGCAUAUCACACCAUCCGUACUUGGGAAUGGUCUACGGCACUUCCUCUCCGCUCCAUAGUACCGGCAUUUACGACAACUGGAAUCCCUGUCUGGUUUGUUAAGUUCUUCUUAAGCAAGAAACACUUGACACAGGGGGUGCAGCCUGCGUUGCUUUUUCGAUUGGAACGGUUCGCCUUCUUGGUCAUAUCUGGGCUUCUUGAUUAUAGCUUAAUGAAUUUAGUAUCCCCGCCAAGUGACCGACGACUAGGUCUUCUACUUUUGGCAUCAUCUCAUAUCACAAACACGUUCCAGGUUCGACCAUUCUCGAACUCUAUCGAGGCGGUGCUCGUCGCUUUGAGCCUCGCGCUCUCGCGUAAGAUAAACUCAGUUAAGACGGUGGAGAAGAGUUAUUUUCUCCAUUUACUAGCCAUAACCUUCGUGACCGGUAUAUUCACUCGCCCAACCUUCUUGAUAUUCGGGGCACCUAUCGCGUAUCAGGUGGCGCUUCGGACAUUUACAUGUGCCGGAACUGCAACCAGGUGGCUGCGCCUUGUUGUCCCACCAUUUUUCACUGCAGCAGUUGUAUGUGCUGCAUUUCUGGUGGCGGAUACCCUCUAUUUUCGAGGCACCCUUGACGAUCUCGUGGUGACACCUGUUAAUUUCCUCAAGUAUAAUUUUUCGUCCCAUAAUCUGGCAGAACAUGGACUCCAUCCACGUUGGCUGCAUGUUUUUGUGAACCUUCCGAUGUUGUUUGGCCCCUGGGUCCUUUGGCUAGCGGUGCGCGCGAUCGUGGACUGUACCACAUCGUUUGGCGAGAAGAAUGGCAAAUCAUUUGAAGUGGAUAUUCUUUGCCCGACAAUCAUACAAAUGAUCAUUUUGUCGUUGACUGUCCUUUCUAUGCAACCUCACCAAGAGCCUCGCUUCUUGGUGCCUCUUUUACUGCCUAUCAUCGUCUUAAUAACAAACACCGGACGAUUGGCCUGUGUUGGCAAGGCAUUCUGGGUAUCCUGCUCCAUCUUCAACUUGGUGCUUGCGGUUCUAUUUGGAAUUUUGCAUCAAGGAGGCGUAGUGCCCUCCCUAUUCCACCUCCAUUCCGUGGUUGCUGAUGCCUCCCUUGGUACGCGUACAAGCAUCAUCUACUGGAAGACGUACAUACCCCCACUCCACUUCCUCGGCGUCGACGGACGAGAUGUCACAUCUGACAUAAUUUCUUUCACUGAUCUGGCUGGGGCAUCCCAAGAUGACUUCGUUGCGUCCAUCAGUGCUGGUGACUACAACAGGACGUUCAUCGUGACCCCUGUAGCUAUGUGGUCCACGUUACCUCCUGCACUUACGAACUGUAUGGAACUAGACAAGGCCAUUUUUCCGCAUCUCGAUCUUGAUCAUAUUCCGGAGAGCAUGGAUGCAGGUGUGCUUGAUGGCCUUCGUUUAGGGGUGUAUACUUUGGCACCCAAAUGUAUCUUUGUUUGAUUUAUUGAUGUACUGCAUAGCGAAUGCAUAUAACGGUGGAUGCUGGUGGAGGGGCUGGGCGGUGGCCCUCACCGACUGUAACCACCACAGCACGAUACAAAUGUUUUCUCGGCGAUUCGUGAACAUGGUUGCCGUCGCGUGAUAGAACAUCUUGAUUUAAGACUAUAAUCUUCGUGUACUGACUCCGUUACAAAGUAUUAAUCACUGAUAAUAGAUGCCUCUCUGCACAGACUCGACGCAUAACUUGAAGUAACGAAAUACACGACGAACUUCCUUUUCCUUUUCCCUCCCGAGUUCCAAUUUAUGUAGUGGCCAAUCCGCUGCAUAUCAAUUCUCCACGGACAGUAACCUGCACUACUGAGAGCAACUGCUCAAGGAUACCCACGUCAACGUCGUCGGGCGUCUGAAAGUCUACCACUCGCACGCUGCAAGAUGCAGUGGCUGCAAGCGCCGCCAUAAGACAAUCA